CUUCAUCAAAUUUGUCACAUUUUAGUAAAUCCUGUUGAAUUUUUAUCAUGCGUUCUUUCAAAACAUCAUCGCAAAAAGAAGUCUAAUUUACGAAAACUGUUUCUUCAAGAAGAUUUUUUAUGUGAAAGUGACAGUUCAAUAGAGAAAGCGGUGUUUUGGACGUCAAAUGUCUUGUCUGUACCGACAUCUGGUCGAAGUCUACUUAACAUUAAAUCUCAACAGGAUGAGUUUGUAAAGGAAAAGUUAAACAAACUAAAAUUCGUUCUUAAUGUUGGUGGGGAAAAGUUUGUCUUGUCUUACAAAACAAUUAGUGUUCACCCAGAAACAUUGCUGGCCACACAAGAAGUUCAAAAAUAUUAUGAUCGGAAAAGGAAAGAAUAUUUCUUUGAUCGUGACCCUGAUAUUUUUAGAUAUAUUUUCAAGUUCUACACCCAAGAUAAAUUUCACUAUCCAAUGGAUGAGUGCAUACAAGGGUUAAUUGACGAGUUUAAAUUCUUUAAAAUACCAUUGGAUACCAUUGAAGAUUGCUGUUAUGCUGAGUUCCAUGUUGAAUAUGAAAAUAAUUUGAAUACUUCAAAACUGGCGAGGGAAAAACGACGCAAUCGUGUAUCAACCAUCUCCCACGUUAGAAAUAUUUCGAACCAAGUCAAACCAAAAAAUUUCUUGAGUAAAUUUUAUAAGAAAUUUCCAUUCGUCGAAUCAAAAUUAUUCAUAUGUCUCACUCUUCUUUGUGCAUUACUAAAUGUCCUAGCAAUUGUAUUGGAAACUUUGCCCGGCAAGAUUCGCAAGGAUAAGCGUGAAAAACUAGGAAACACAUUUUCAAGAGAGUUUCUAAUAUUUGAUGUCAUUUGCGUAGUCAUCUUGUCAAGCGAUCUGCUGAUCAAUUUUGCAAGGUCACCAUGUAAGAAGCACUUCUUUUGCAAUGUGCCAAAUAUCAUGUAUUUAUUAUCGCUAGCCCCAGCUUACGUAUACUGGAUAUUGAUCUUGAUUCUUGGAUUUCAAAAUCUCCCCAGUCGUUUAGUCGACUUGUUUGAAGCAGUACGGGUAUUUCGUAUUGUUAAAAUCGCAAACUCUUCUUCCCGUUUACGUGAAACAGUUGGGCAAAUUGUAGCAGCAGCAAGAGGCCUGGGAAUGAUUCUUUGUAUUUGGAUUAUAGCAGUCGUCGUACUCUCUGUCCUUUUGUAUCACGUUGACGCUUCUUGUUCAAAUGUUCUCAAUGGAAUGUGGUAUUUUAUUGUAACAAUGACAUCUUUGGGGUAUGGAGACUAUGUACCAAAAGCCACAGCAGGAAAAUUUCUUGGUGCUAUUGGCGUCCUCUUAGGAAUUCUAGUAGUUUCCCUCCCUGUUCCAAUCAUUCAGAACAAGAUUGGAGAAAGUUUGGACAAGGAACCAGAUCCUGAUGCAGACGAAAUUGUCUUCGAGAACAUGUAUCCCCCUGAUUAUAAAUAUCGACAGCGCAGAUUCUCUCGCAUGUUAACCCUGGAGAAUAAAAUUCUCAAUUUGAAAGAAAUUUCAUCUGCUAAGCACACAGGAAUAAAUCAUAAAAGCAAAUAAAUAAAAAAAGAAAAGACCUCCUGACGGAGAAAAGGAAAUUUA